CCCAGCGCCGGCGGCGCGGGAGAUUCGCUGGACGGCCGCAGGACGCAGCGGAGGCCUGACCGGCCAGCCAUGGAGCGGCUGCGGGAUAUGCGCGAGCGGCUGCAGGCGUGGGAACGCGCGUUCCGGCGGCAGCGCGGACGGCGGCCGAGCCAGGACGACGUGGAGGCGGCGCCGGAGGAGACCCGCGCGCUCUACCGGGAGUAUCGUACUCUCAAGCGGACCGUGGGCCAGGCCGGCGGCGGGCCUCGCAGCUCCGAGUUGCUCCCCGCGGCCGUCGAAGAGGCACCAGAGUCCCACUGCUGGGGUCCCCACCUGAAUCGGGCUGCAACCCAGAGUCCACAACCUACGCCAGGGCGGAGCUGCCAGGGGUCGGUGCCGGACUACGGGCAGCGGCUCAAGGCCAAUCUGAAAGGCACCCUGCAGGCCGGACCAGCCCUAGGCCGCAGACCCUGGCCUCUAGGAAGAUCCUCAUCCAAGACGCACACCCCAAAUCCCCCAGGCACAGGGCCUGUCCCUACCUUUGCAGAAAACGUCAGUGAUGAGCCUCCACAGCCCCCUGGGCCCCAGCCAAGGCCAGGCCAGCUGCAGCAUCUGCAGGCAUCCCUGAGCCAGCAGCUGGCCUCCCUAGAUCUUGACUGGUUACAGCGAUGUCACAGUGAGAUCCCAGACUUUCUGGGGGCCCCCAAAGCCUGCAGGCGUGACCUAGGCUCAGAGGAAUCCCAGCUUCUGACCCCGGGUGCGUCAGCUGUCCUUGGUCCUGGUGCUGGUUCCCAGGACCCAGAGGCUUCAGCCCCCCAAGAAGUCAGCAUCGGUGCAGGGAGCCCCCAGCCCAGCAGCAGUCGAGGCAAGCAGCAGAGACGGAACAAGGAGCUCUGGGGGAGCCCCGCACAGGUCCAGCAGCAGAGCAGACAGGCUGGACCCCCAUCGGAGGGGGCUGGGGCUGUCGCACUUGAGGAAGACCCUCCAGGGGAACCUCAGCCACCUCAGCCCUGCAGCAGCUCAUCGAUCCCCAGGUACCACAGACUCAGCACCUCCAGUCAAGCUAGGGUGGGGAAGGCGGAGAGCACAGCCCACCUGCACAUCUCUAGGCUGGCCCGCCACGAUAGGGGCAAUUAUGUACGGCUCAACAUGAAGCAGAAAUGCUACGUGCGGGGCCGGGCGCUCCGUGGCAGGCUCCUCCGCAAGCAGGCAUGGAAGCAGAAGUGGCGGAAGAAAGGGGAGUGUUUUGGGGGUGGUGGUGCCACAGUCCCAAUCAAGGAGUCUUGUUUCCUGAAUGAACAGUUUGAUCACUGGGCACCCCAUUGUCCUCAGCAAGUAAGUGAGGAAGACACAGACCGUGCUGGCCCUGAGCUGCUGGUUCCUGCACCACAACCUGUGCCUGGGGUGCCCAGCCUGGCCUCCACCAUGCUGCCACUCUACUCCCUGGGGCCCUCAGGGCAGCUGGCAGAGACGCCGGCUGAGGUGUUCCAGGCCCUGGAGCAGCUGGGACACCAAGCCUUCCGUCCUGGGCAGGAGCGUGCAGUCAUGCGGAUCCUGUCUGGUGAGCGACGGCCGUUGCUCCUGCAUUUGCAGGUGUCUGGCCUGCCACCGUGUCUCAAGGCAGCCUGCAUACACUCGGGCAUGACCAGGAAGCAACGGGAGUCUGUCCUGCAGAAGGUUCGGGCAGCCCAGGUACACGUGCUGAUGCUGACACCCGAGACACUGGUGGGGGCAGGAGGCCUCCCUCCAACCACGCAGCUGCCUCCAGUUGCUUUUGCCUGCAUUGAUGAGGUCCACUGCCUCUCCCAGUGGUCCCACAACUUCCGGCCCUGCUACCUGCGCGUCUGCAGGGUGCUUCGGGAGCGCAUGGGCGUGCACUGCUUCCUGGGUCUCACAGCCACAGCCACACGCCGCACUGCCGGUGACGUGGCACAGCACCUGGCUGUGGAUGAAGAGCCUGGCCUCCAUGGGCCAGCCCCAGUGCCCGCCAACCUGCACCUUUCCGUGUCCAUGGACAGGGACACAGACCAGGCACUGUUGACACUGCUGCAAGGUGAACGUUUUCGAAACCUGGAUUCCAUUAUCAUUUACUGCAACCGGCGCGAAGACACAGAGCGGAUCGCUGCGCUUCUCCGAACCUGCCUGCAUGCAGCCCAGGGCCCAGGGCCUGGCGGUCGUGCCCCCAAAACCAUGGCCGAGGCCUACCACGCGGGCAUGUGCGGCCGGGAACGGCAGCGGGUACAGCAGGCCUUCAUGCAGGGCCAGUUGCGGGUAGUGGUGGCCACGGUGGCCUUCGGCAUGGGGCUGGACCGGCCAGAUGUACGGGCUGUGCUGCAUCUGGGGCUGCCCCCAAGCUUCGAGAGCUACGUGCAGGCCGUGGGCCGGGCCGGGCGUGAUGGGCAGCCUGCCCACUGCCACCUCUUCUUGCAGCCCCAGGGCGAAGACCUGCGAGAGCUCCGCAGACAUGUGCAUGCCAACGGCAUAGACUUCCUGGCCGUGAAGAGGCUGGUGCAGCGGGUGUUCCCAGCCUGCACCUGCACCAGGCCGUCCCCAGAGCAGGAAGGGGCCAUGGGUGGAGAGAGACCUGUGCCCAAGUAUCCCCCUCAAGAGGCUGAGCAGCUUGGUGUCCACCAGGCAGCCCCAGGACCCAGAAGGACCUGCGUGGGCCAUGAGCGGGCACUCCCAGUACAGCUUACUGUGCAGGCUCUGGACAUGCCGGAGGAGGCCAUCGAGACUUUGCUGUGCUACCUGGAGCUGCACCCAUGCCACUGGCUGGAGCUGCUGGCGACCACCUAUAUCCACUGCCGUCUGAGCUGCCCUGGGGGCCCUGCCCAGCUCCAGGCCCUGGCCCACAGGUGUCCCCCUUUGGCUGCGUGCUUGGCCCAGCAGCUGCCUGAGGACCCAGGGCAAGGCAGCAGCUCCGUGGAGUUUGACAUGGUCAAGCUGGUGGACUCCAUGGGCUGGGAGCUGGCCUCUGUGCGGCAGGCUCUCUGCCAGCUGCAGUGGGACCAUGAACCCAGGACAGGUGUGCGGCGCAGGACAGGGGUGCUGGUGGAGUUCACGGAGCUGGCCUUCCACCUUCGCAGCCCAGGAGACCUGACCGCUGAGGAGAAGGACCAGAUCUGUGACUUCCUCUAUGGCCGUGUGCGGGCCCGGGAGCGCCAGGCCCUGGCCCUUCUGCGCAGAACCUUUCAGGCCUUUCACAGCGUCGCCUUCCCCAGCUGUGGGCCCUGCCUGGAGCAGCAGGAUGAGGAGCGCAGCACCAGGCUCAAGGACCUGCUCGGCCGCUACUUUGAGGAAGUGGAAGAGGAAGCACAGUGCCCGGGAGGCAUGGAGGACACACAGGGCCCUGAGCCAGGGCAGGCCAGACUCCAGGAUUGGGAGGACCAGGUCCGCUGCGACAUCCGCCAGUUUCUGUCUCUGAGGCCAGAGGAGAAGUUCUCGGGCAGGGCUGUGGCCCGCAUCUUCCACGGCAUCGGAAGCCCCUGCUACCCAGCCCAGGUGUACGGGCAGGACCGGCGCUUCUGGAGAAAAUACCUGAACCUGAGCUUCCACGCCCUGGUGCGCCUGGCCACAGAAGAGCUCCUGCGGGUGGCCCGCUGACUGCACUACGCUGGGGGAUGUCGGGUAGAGCUGGGGUUGUCAGCGGCUAGGGCAGUGACUGAAGCCCUGGGCAAAACCUGUUACAGGGUGUGAGGAUGAGGAGACUCCAAAAUAUAGAAUAUAAAGUGCUCACAUUGUUUUUAUGGG